AUGGAUUUUCGUCUUGCCCAGAAGCUGACGCGAGAGCUUCAGCUUGUUCUGGGGGAAGAUCCUCCCAAGCCUACUGAAACCAGUCCACGAACCAAGUCCGCUUCUGAUACCCUUGAGGCUGCAUUUGAAUGGGGCCGCGUUCGGCGGUCUGCAGCUCCAUCACCCGAGUUGCUGCCUGGUGAUAGAUCCCAGAAAGUCCACACACGUACAGGCAACUUCGAGUUUGAUACAGGCGAGUUCCAUUCCGGGGAAGGUGGUGGGGCUAGCGCUAUCAAUAGGCUAGCUAAUAAGCUUGGUCGUUGCCGUGUAGGGGGAAAUCUGGUCAAAAGGGCAACAUAG